AUGAAGCCGGCCAAGCUAAAGCGACACCUCGAGAGCAAACACCAAGCAUUAGUCGACAAACCUGCUACGUACUUUCAGCGGCUGUUGUCGCAGAGCAACAUACAACGCAACACAUUUCAGAAGAGACUCACCGUCCUCCACAAGGCCCUGAAGGCGUCCUUCGAAGUAGCAGUGCUGAUUGCAAGACAGAGGAAACCUCAUACAGUCGGCGAGAAUCUGGUCCUGCCGGCGGCUUGCAAAAUGGUCGAAAUAAUGUUUGACCAGUCUAAGGCAGAGGUUCUGAAAUGUAUCCCGCUGUCCGAUAACACAGUGAAACGUCGCAUCGAUGACUGCGCCGUUGACAUUGAAGAACAACUUCUGGAAAAAAUAAAGAAGAGUCCCCUGUUCGCACUACUUCAGCUUGAUGAAUCGACAGACACAGAGGCGAAGGCUCAGCUUAUGUGUCUCGUACG